CUAGCCUCACCCUGUUGAUUCAAGUGCCCAAGGUCCUGGGGGAGCAAUAUUCAAAUACUUCUGCUAACUGCCUUUUGCAUCUCACAGUGGUUCCCCAGGAGCAUCAAAUAUGAGAAGUGAAACUGAGCAUGUCACCCCUUCAGUGAGGGGAGAGGAAGAACCCCGAAGGCCCUUUUUAUUGGGCCUGUUAUUUUUCUGUUGAUCACACACACGCCCUCGCCAUGAAGGGUUUCACGGCUCUCUUCCUCGUCUGGACUCUACUGUCUCCUGACAGCGGUGGUGGGGAAGCCUGGCCCACACACACAGCCUGCAGGGAUGGGAGCUUGGAAGUGCUCUACCAGAGUUGUGAUCCAUUACAAGAUUUUGGCUUUUCUGUUGACCAGUGUUCCAAACAAUUAAAAUCAAAUCUCAACAUUAGAUUUGGAAUCAUUCUGAGAGAGGACAUCAAAGAGCUGUUUCUUGACGUAGCUCUCUUCACGAAAGGCUCAUCCAUUCUGAAUUACUCCUACCCCAUCUGUGAAGAGGAUCUGCCCAAGUUUACCUUCUGUGGAAGAAGGAAAGGGGAGCAGAUUUAUUAUGCUGGCCCCAUCAAUAAUCCUGGAUUUGAAGUUCCUGUGGGAGAAUACCAGGUUUUGCUGGAACUGUAUAACGAAAACCAUUCCACCGUGGCCUGCGCCAAUGCUACUGUCAUUUGCUCCUGAGCAGCCCCAAAGUGCAGCCAGCUUGUCUCAUGGGAACUCCAAGCUCUCAGACUGAAUCUACUGUGUGAGAAGAACAGUCGACGACAGAG